CCCGCACAGUGAUCCUCUCCGCAGAGUUGUUCCCAUUAAACCGACAAGCUGGCGGAGUUCAAGGCAUCCAAGAAACGCUCGUUUCUGAGCAAAAUGUGGCUGGGCAAGGGUGAGAAUGGGGGCAACAGCAAGGAGACUCUCUUCAAUGAUCUCUACCAAGAGAUCAAGAGUGCUGCCCCCAGUGCACAACUCACUUACCCGCUUCGAUGUCGAGUGGAGAGAUGCGACCGUGAUACACGGCAAGUGAUCUGCUCCCGCACGAAGGAAGGAUGCUCUCCACUUUUCGUCGCUUCCAAGAAAGGAAAUGUUGAAAUUGUCGAAUAUCUCAUCACGGUUUGCGGAGCAAACGUGGAGCAGAGGGGUCUCUAUGAGGUCCCCGAUGAUCGCUCCGUACAUAAUGUGACCCCUUUGUGGUGUGCCGCAGUGGCUGGCAAGGUGAAAGUAGUGGAAGUGCUGGUGAAACAUGGUGCGGAUGUGAAUUCAGUCUCGGACACCGGAUCCACGCCGGUCCGAUCCGCGUGCUUCAUGACUCAUUUGGACAUUGUGAAGCUUUUAGUGAACAAUUGUGCCGACAUCCAGCGUCCCAAUUACAACGGAGGAACGUGUUUGAUCAAUUCCGUGCAAUCCGUGGAGUUGUGCGAAUUCCUACUCCAAAACGGUGCCAACGUCAAUGCUCAGGACAUUCAGAACAAGACAGCCCUUCACUACUCCAUUCAGGAGCAUCGCUUUGAGACGACCAAAUUGCUACUCCAAUACGGAGCGGAUCCUUUCCUGGAGAGCCGAUACAAGGACGAUGCCCUACAAACCGCUUGCAUGAAAGGCGCCGCCGAGAUCUUCGAAUAUCUCAUUGACCACAUCCCUUAUAAUCCUGAGCGUGUCGCCUCGGCCUUUGAGUUGCUUGGAUCAACCUUCCUCGAUGAGCAUCACGACGUCCAGAAGACCUUUCAAUACUGGGGAGCGGCUUGCGACCUGCGCGACAAAUUUGGCCUAAUAAAGAAUGUCCUUCCUCCUAAAAUUCAGUUCCGAAUGACUCGCGAGUUCAUGGAUCGCUCAGAGCUCGAAUCUCUGGACUUGGACCUGGAGGCCCUUCGAAUGCAAUCCCUUCUCAUCUGCGAGCGAAUCCUGGGCACCAGGCAUAAAGACAUGAUCUUCCGACUGAUGUUCCGGGGAGCUGCGUAUGCGGACUCGCUGCAGUAUCAAUACUGCAUCGAUCUGUGGCGUUAUGCUCUCGAACUCCGCGUGGCCAAAGACUCCAUCCUCCUUUGUGAUACUUGCUACACGGCACAAGCCCUAGUCAAACUCUACCUGGACCUACACGAGCGACACUCGCAAGGCGUGCUCAAUGUGGAGGUUCGGAUUGAGGAUGUGGUGGGCACCAUCGAGCUUCUGGUUCGAGAUUUGUCACAGUGCGCAGAGUUGCUCCGGAUAGCUCCGCAUUGUCGCCGCCAACAAGACUCAUACGACAAAGUAUUGCGCAUCAUCACUCACCUCCUGUAUUUGGUCACCCGUCUUCCGGCGAGAGAAGAUUUGACCUUGGAUAUCAAGCGCAAAAUCCACGCCAUCAUUCACACGCUCAACCCUAAGACGACCAACGGGGAUUCUUUGCUCCACUUGAGUGUCAUGAAGAACAACACGCUGAAAAGUCAGAAUCUCUUUGAUGACGGGCACUACUCAUUCUUUCCGUCAUUUGACGUGGCCAAACUACUCGUCGAGUGCGGCGCCAAUGUGAAUGCGGUCAAUGCUAGCUAUAACACGCCUCUUCACAACGCCAGUACUUCCAACAACUAUCGUCUCGAGAUUGUUGAACUCCUUCUUGCCAGUGGCUCCCACAUUGACCUUCGAAACGGCGCUUCUCAGAGACCCGUGGAUCUUCUCAGAGCGAUUCCAGGCUGUAAGAUCAACUGGUUGCAAUUUGUCUCGCUCAAAUGUCUGGCUGCCACCGUCAUUGUCAAGAAUAACGUGUCAUACCGAGGUGAAGUCCCAGGCAUUUUGGAAGAGUUUGUGGAAGCCCACUGACCCACCGACUGAUUGAUCGACUGAACGAAUGAAUGAAAGACCGACCGACCGACUGACCACGCCCAAACCUUUCCACGUGUACCAUCACCCCUGAACUGUUAAAAGAUGAGAUAAUUGAAGAAUCGUCAUCAUCCCGAUGAACUGUCCUCAUAUGUAUCCAACCUACUUUGCUGCGAUGCUAACGCGGCUCAUUUGUAUUCGAAUCGUCCACUUGGAAGGGCUCUUGAUCAGGGAUGUGAAAUCAUUGGAAGCUAUUUUCGACCACCUGGUAGAAAAUGGUGGCAGAAAUUUCUUCAAAGUCGAUUUUUGCCAUCGCUGCUCUUGAUGCAAGUAUAGAACAGAGAUGCUGUUCAACUUGGACGUUUCAAGGAUCUAUGAAAGGAUGAAUCUACAAGAUUGCCCUGAUCGCAGUAUUCAUAGGACACAUCUGGUGUCCUUGGAAAGCUCAAACUUCGAGUUGAACGGUACUGAUUCCGAGCGAUGAGUAACGCAUCAUCAUGUCAGAAUGAGAGAAUAUUCUAUAUACAAGAAGAUUACCACUACCACCAACACCACUACUACCACAAUUACGAUGUACUUUUCCCACUGAUAUUCCUUCUGCCAAGAUUUUGUAGCAUCGCUCCCUUUCCUGUUUGUCUUAAGGAGAGGGGGAAGCUUUCGUCAUUUGUCUCCUCCUUUUCACCACCAUUAACUUAUGCGAUAAAUAAACCAUCAACUUAGUAACCAAAGUAAAA